UCUGUAACAGAAGCGUCUGUUCGGCUUUUGAACUCGAGCACUAAACGGGGUGUAGAAACCCAGUGAAGGAUUAAAGUUGUAGCACAUCCUUAAUAAGAGUGAGAGUGUCGAUAACUACAGUCAGGAGCUGAGUAGGAAAAACAUUCUGGGGACAAGAUGGAACCUGAUGCCUCCAACAGGUCCACCUCACUGGACCUGAUGAGAAGCAAUAGUGAUGAUUACUGUCAGUCUUCUGACGAAGGAGAAACACACGACGGGAAUAACGCUGGUGACAAUUCUGUCCGCAUUGAGCCAGCAAGGACCCGGCCACAUAUUAGCCACACCCACUCAUGGUGCAACGCUGACUCCAGUUACACGGUCACAUGCACAGUUAACAUGGUGUUGGCUGUGCCGAGAGGUUCUGGAGAUGAUCCAGUUAUGGCCGCAGAGAAAGAGAGGCAACUCAAGAAAGUCCAGCCUAAUUGUAUUAUAGAGGCACCCAAAGCGCAGGCCUAUUACCACAUAGAGUACAAUCUCCUACCUGAGGAUAGUAAGCCAAUCAAAGUAGACCUGGUUAUGUUUGGUUCGGUAGCAAAGGUGUACAUGGAUAAUGAGACACAGGUGCUGAAGACAUGGCAGGAGGGUGAUCACCUUUGGCUGGGCUGGUCUCAGCCUGUGAAGCUCAAUGUGACCAGAGAGCUGCUUAUGAAGAUGGCAUCGCAUAAAGUAACCUUCAGGCUCUGGGACACCAAGGAAAGAGUGUCUCCUAAAGCAAAAUUUGACAGACCCAAAGCAUUCAGAUAUCCACAGGGAAGGAGAGUGGAGGAUCCAGACCAGAGAAGUGUGCUCACAACUCCGACAAAUGUUUACAAAAGAGUUUCAAGUGCUAGCCUGGACCGUGAACCGGAAAGUGCAGGUGGCAUAAAGGGUAUGGUGUAUAAGUUGCGAGCUCUUUAUGAGAAGCAGAACCCAAAGAUUACAACUUCCAAAAAGCGCCAAAAAGAUGUCGUGUCAACGGACUACAAACGACCUCCAAAGCUCAUGUGUGACUCAGAUGAUCCCAAAAUGCCCACUAUGAAGACGGGUGGAGUCAGUGAGAAACAGAAUCCUGAAACUACCGAUCCAAAAGGCAUCAAGUCUGAAGCCGCUGCGGAUCGAGGAAAGGACAUGCCAUUGUCGAAUUCAGCACAGAAAAGAUCAUUAGAUCACUGUUCUAAGCGAUCCAAGGACACCACAACAAGCUGUAUGUGCAUCGAUUUAAAAACAACUUCUACAAAGAGUGGCACACUGAACAACAGCAACUUGGUGGCGUCUAAGAAGAAACAUGCUCAUAAAACCGUUCAGGAGAGAACAGCAGAGGAGGACACGCGCAAAAACGGAGUCGCCUCGGCUGAGCUCAAGGCCAUAUAUUUACUUGCAGGAGAGACGUCGCUGAUAGACUGUUUGAUGAUCCGCAGUGGAAGAGUGUUUAAGGGCUUGUGCAGCAUCACUCUGGAUCAGCCGCUUAUAUCUGGAGAACUCAAGGCUGAGCUUAACCCACUGAUCAUCACAAUCUUGUCUGCGUCUUCUCUGCCAUCUACUCCUGUUCCCUUCUAUGAGCUUGAGCAAAAGUGCAUGCCUGUUUACUGCCAGUACAAGUUCCACAACAUGCCUGCCCACAGGACCAUAGGGCUGAGUCAUGGAUCUAACCUAUAUUUCAAAGAUGUGAAUGUGAUCUUCACUGGCCUCCUCAACACCGAAGAGCUGCUUGAGUUCCUUAGGGGUCCACCAUUAGAGAUUGAAGUUCAUGACCGUGACAGGAAAGCCGAAGAACCUUCACAUAAUCCAGCGAUUUUUGGCACAGAGGCCACUGAUAACAAAUUAGCCAGCACAGCUCUAGUCUCUACCAAGCAGACAAUCUACAGCCUAUCUAGGGAAAUGAAGAAACUCUGUGACCCAUAUGGUAUUGCCAAGCUAAACUUUUCUGAUCUCCUCAGAGGACACAGGUGUCUGAAACUCAGCUUACCUAUAAGAGGUUCCCAACCAGUGGAUAGGCUGGGUACCGACAACAAUGAAUGGGGGGGAAAUGAACCUGAGGCUGCAGGUGCUCUGGAUGCCAUGGACAAUGCUGUGCCAAAUGGUCAUUAUCUCAAAGCAAACUCCAAGCUCAAGGUGCAGAUUGAAAUAGCACAUCCACUCAGUCCUGACCCUGACAAAACUGAAGGGCAUUGCCCAUUUGGCCGUAUCAUUUACAUUUUCAAAUACAACAAUAUUGCUUUCCUGGAAAAACUGAGGUCUGAAAUUCUAAGGAUCAACGCACUGGCAUUUCAAGUACACUGCUAUAAUAAGGAAACGGCUGAAAGAAUCUUACGGGAUCAUGUAAUGGAUGCCAUAGAAAGAGAAAACAAAAAUUUGAAUGCUUUAACAGGGUUUCAUUUCCUGGAUACGUCUAUACAACUUUUUGCCCUGGAAGGACUGAAAGAUGAAGGCAUCAAAAGGCUCUGGGAAACUGUACCUACAAGGUUGGUUGAGGAUGUAGAGAAGCACGUCACGGUUCUUUAUAACUCAGGUCUGAGCUUCUCAAAAAGGCUCUAUGACACACUGGAUGUUGGGUUGAGUCCAAUUCAUCUCUACAAACCACUAGAGACCAUCAUGAGACAACCCCUGAUGUACAUCAGAGACACAGUCCCUUACAACUGCCUACAAGCCAUGUUACGAAUAAAUCACCUCUUCCAAGUGAAUACAUUUGAAGAAGUGGUCCAAAACAACCUGUUCCUUUCAGCUGAAAUGCUGCACAGCUUGAAGGAGGAGUUUGGAAUUAUUCCUAGCAGAGGAGUGGAGAGAUUAUUGCCAGACAGCAGCGAGGCAAAUGUUAUUGUGCAUCCUCGUGGGUCACAGAGGAGGACGUACACACCCAUCGACAACUUCAAUAAAAAAUAUCUGGAAUGGAAACAGAAUCAGAGUCGAGCAAAUCAAGGGCUUUACACAAAAAACUUCAUACAGGCCAACAUAGAGGACAUCCACAUAGCGACAAGUGUUUCACAGACGCUAAAGCAAACAGUGUUUGUAGCUAAACUGGAUGAUGGUCAGUCUGCCCACAACUACAGUAUUCAGACAGUGAACUGCACCAGGCUCGCUGAAGAGCUCCUGCGUAAGGAGAUGGCAAAGGAGCCAACUCGCAGGUUCACCUACAGCCAGCAUUACCACUCCUUCACAGUGGCCCCUGUGGAUGUAGAGGCUGAGCGUAAGGCCUCAGAGGCCAGGUCUCGAGCUGCAUGGCGUACCUGCGAUGGUUUCAUCUCUCCUAAUUUCAAGGACAGCAUGGAGUCCAACCAACACCCCAAACACCUAGACGAGGCUCGGGUGGAGGAGCUUAAAAAGCCCUGGAAAGAGAACAUUCUUCAUGAGAACAUACUUGUCCUGAACAGGACCACAUGGCCGUGGAGCAGACGGCACGAGGACUUCGAGCUCUACAGGAAACCACCCGCUGUUUUUAGUCCUAUACCCCCGAUUACUAUUCACCUCGCAGGAGAAACUCUGCAUCAGGAACAGCUUCAAGCAGCACACGCUCAGUACUUCAGAUGGCUGAGAAAAAUCUUGCCCGAUAAGGCGUCCGCAAGUAGCGGUCGAGUCCCAGAGUUCAAGUGCUAUAUGCAAAGAGCAGGCCUGGAUAAACUACAUGAUAUACUGAAGGACGAGCCUAUGAAGCUAUCUCUGAGAGCAUGGAGGGGAUCACUGCCCAUACCGUACACUGACACACAGACGGAAGAAAAAUCGGAACACAUCCGUUCGUCGGACAAACAGACAAACGCUAGUGAACACAGCAAGUCGCAGUUUGGACAUUACUGGAGGCCGCACUCCUUUCAGCACAAGCGACCUGCCCUGCCACUUACAGAUGAAGAGAACAGUUUGCACGUCUUUCAAAAACCUCAGAACACCACCAAGAUGUAUACAGAUUGGGCUAAGACCCAGCACAAGCGAAACGUCAUAGAAACGACGACCCACGACAGUGUGGCUGUGCACAUGAAGUAAAAAGGCGGGCACAGCUUCACGCUUCAGAGCUCAUGUGUAUUAUGAAG